AAGCGAUGGUUGUGGGGGUGGUGGUCGAGAAAGGGGAGCGGCUCAGCCUCACGUAGUAACAGCUCACGUCACGGAUAUUUAAAUGCGCCGCUAUAUAAACCCGCGCCACGGGCACGCUCUGCAGCGCAACUCGUUCCACGGUCUCGCAGCAGCAGCAGCGUGCGGCGCCACUGGAGGAGACUCGGCGAACUUGAAAUAACAGAUAACUGAAGCUGCCGAGCCGCCGAUCUGCAAAUCGUAGCCACCAAGCCCCUCCUUCGCCAGUUGGUUCGGGAACUAACUCCCAUCCCUACCCCCACCCCAUUCAUCACCACCAACACCGUCAAGGCGACCAGGAGCAGAGAGAGUGAGGAGGGCUUUGCUGAAGACGUUGGGAGCACGCCGUGCGUUCAUCAUCGAACGCGCCGCGGUGUCAAGACCGUCUUGCUCCCCCACGCACGCUGCUGUAUCUGGGCCGGGGCGCGCGAUAACAAACAGCCACUGCCAUCGUCGCCUCUGGACUCCAACGACAACCACCAAACGAACAACAGCAACGCUUCAAAAUCGACCUGCGAUGGAAAGCGCCAACUUCUACCCGGACCUCGACAGACCGUUCCUGGGCAAGGGCUUCUGCGUGUCGGGGUCGGGUCUGCAGGCGGACGAGGGCAUGGGCAGUGACCUGGGCGACGCGUACGAGCACUCCAUCGACCUGAGCUCCUACAUCGAGCCCUCGUCGUCCGCCGGGCCCGGGAUCGAGCUGUACAGCGACGAGCUCCUGGCCGAGUUGUUCGCCAAGUCGGGAGAACACGGAGGAGCCGCAACCAAAGCGCAAGCGUCGGCCUACGACUACCUCUACCCGCUGCCAUCGCUGCAGGUGCUCCCGGCUCUGCAAGCGCAGCACCAGCUCUUCGCUGGCUGUGUCCCGCAGGUGACCGACUCCAGGUUAGAAUCCGUCCAUCACCACCAACACCACCAACAGCAGCAGCAGCAUCAUCAGCAGCACCAGCAGCAACAUCAGCAGCAGCAGCAGCAACAUCACGCGGUUGCGAGCGAAUCGCGCGCAUGGAUGAAACGCGAACCCGGAGAGGUGCACGGCGCGUGUCUGAGCAAGCAGCGUCAGCAGCAGCAGCAGCAACAGCAGAGCUCCAAGUCCCAGAAGAACUGCAAGAAACUUCUGGACAAGGGCAGCGACGAGUACCGGCUGCGGCGGGAGAGGAAUAACAUCGCGGUGCGCAAGAGUCGAGACAAAGCCAAGCGCAGGUCCCUGGAGACCUCGUCGCGGGCCAUGGAACUCUCGAACGAGAACGACCAACUGAGACGCAGGAUCGACGAGCUCGUGCGAGAGCUGGGGACGCUGCGAGCUCUCAUCACCCGCCUGCCCGAUUCGGCGCUGCCGCCGUCGGUCGUGGGCGGUCGGGAGUCUUGACGGAUCUCUGGGCCCCAUCGACCGAUUUGACCGAUCGAGCGAGCGAGCGAACGAACGGCAACCGAUGACGUGAGGUCGCUUUUUGAGUGUGCGAAUUUUGUUUGUUGUUGCGUUGACCGCUCCUUGCGUGUUGUCGGCGCACGCACGCACGCACGCGCGCGCGUCUCUUUCUCUCUCUCUCUCUCUUGAAUAGCCUGGUGUGGUUGUGUAAGUAGCAGUGCUGCGCAGAGAUACAAAGGCGGCCGGGUGUGGUCCUGGCCUCCGCCUCCCCCCGCCUCGCGCCGUGUCGGGUUCUUACUCGGUGCUCGGUAACAGCACUUGCCCCAACAGUUUACGGAGGCUACACGGACUUUUGUUGUAUGUGUGUUUGACCCUGUAUGUUAUAGCGAGCACGUGCUUCAACUCGCCUCCGUGUUGCAACGAUAUUUGUGCAGAGUAUACAUAUUGGGAGUGUGACCGUCGAUUGUGAUUAAGUCUUGCGACGAGCGAGUUCACGCAUCGAGUCGCGUGUGUGCAGAGCCGGCGUUGUUCCAGUUUGUCGGGGAUAUUUGGUAAAGUUUAUCAAGUGACAGAGACAGAAUAUUUAUACUGGAGGAAUCCGAUGAUGUCCAGUUAUACUGAUGGGAUAGGUAAAAACCCGCUCAAACGAGACCACACAAUACUAGACAAGAUUGUAAUCGAUAGCGUGCCCAUUGAUCCAUCGAAUCUCCUCGACAAGUGAACAUCGUUACAACGCCUAACCUAUCAACACCGUGGAUGCAUUGCAGAGCAAAUACAAAGAUCACCCGUAUAGCCUUCAACGGACUCUUGGUGCAAGUGCUGUUAGCGAGCGCUAAUCAAAGAUGGACCAGGCACGCGAAGCGAUGGGUUGCCAGCAUCACGCCCGACCGCCUUUGUCCCCCCCCCGUGCCAGUGUUUACAUGCCGCGCCAGGCAAACUCAUUUAUGGCUGAGUCGACCUAGAGGAGGCCCAGGACAGGUUCAGAAUAUUCGUGACCGACGUUGGCUGUGAGCACCAGUCGAACUCGGCUGGGCCGGGCUGGUGGCGCAGUCAAUGUGCAUGCGCAAAAGACAAAGGCAAAGAUGCCUCCCCUCCGCAUAGCCUUCACUUACUUUGGGGGCAAGUGCUGUCAGCGAGCAGCAGCAGCUAGGAAGGCCACGGCACGGCACGCGAGGGGGUGGGUGUUCAGCACCACGCCCGGUCGCCUUUUAUCUCCCAAGUGGCGAUGGUUUUUAUUUUUUUGACACACCGCACCAACCUAGAAACACACGCACGCACAUACAUGCGCAUGUGUGCGCACACGUAUGUGUCAAUAUGCGUAUGUGCAUACGUGUAAUACGUGUGCGUAUGUGCAUACGUAUUACACAUAGAUACAUACGUGUGUUUAUACAUGCAAAGACAAAGAUCAUCCGUAUAGCCUUAACAGACCUAAGGGGCAAGUGCUGUUGGCGAGCACCUAAUGAAGGCCGGAACGGUACAUUAGUGGGUGGGUUGCCAGCACCACGCCCGACCGCCUUUGUCUCCCCAGUGGUGAUGUUUACUACUCGUUUUGAGGCUGAGUCGACCUAGGUGGUGCCCAGGACCGGUUCAGAUAAUCGCCACUGGUUCAUACAUACAGACACACACACACACACACAUGCCUACACACUCUCGAGAUGGUGCCUUAAAUAACUUUAUUAUAAUUGUUUUGUGUGUGUGUGAAGAAGAUACUUGCCGCGGCCGUGCGAUCAUCAUCCACUCCGGGGUCUCUCAUCUUCGUCUCGCUCGCCGCGCCGUAAAGCUGGCGACACACUUCCGAGAACAGGCAGGGUAUAGGCAUUAUUUAUACUAGAGGCUAUGCCUAAGGAACUAAGAGACACACGUACAUACACGCACACGUGUGUGUGUGUAUGUGUGUGUGUCUGUGUGUGUGUGUGUAUACAGUGAAUUAUCGUCAAACAAAACCCUGCCAGCUUCACGACUCCACACGGCGUGGGCAGGGAGGGGAGCCUCAUCCAGCAGUGGAUAGAGUAUGCAACGUGUAGCUGUGGCCAUGGGAGCCGUGGGUUUACACUACGUGAGGAGGAUGAGGCGGUGU